ACUCCUCCUCUUCUCUCUCUAAACCCAGAAAGCAGCACUGUUGCUUCCUUCAUUGCUCCUCAAGGAAUGCUGAAUCCUCCACAGACCCAUUAAGGAUUCUUCCCCAUUUGCUCCAUAAUCUCCUAAUCUUGUGUUUUUUGCAGAUUUUUGGCUGUGGAGGAGGAGAGCCUUUAAUGGUCUUCAAGAGAUGUAGGAGACGAAGUAGGUUUCUCUCGUUUGUUGAUAAUGGUGGUUGCAUUUUCCCGUCCACCAACUCCCUCUCGGCAAUCUCCGGCACAACAACAGCGAGAAGAGCGGAAUGCCAAUCUAGAAAACGCAACUGGGUCGACCGCCUCACUUCCUCUUAAGGACAAUGGCGUUGUUGCGAGAAAACCCAGAGGGAGACAGGUCUCGUCUAGGUAUUUGUCGCCUUCGCCGUCCUCGUCUUCUUCCUCCUCGACGUCGGCGGGGACCAAAACGACGCGAUUUCCUUCUCCUCUCGUUUCUCGCUCCACCAAUUCUACCUCUAGUUCAACCCCAAAACAGACACUGCUCUCUUCGCUUCCUAAGCGCUCCCAAUCUGCAGACCGGAGGCGGUCUGGAACUCCGGUGCCGCAGGGGAAUGGUAAUGCUUCUGAAUUAUCCGCCGCCACUAAAAUGUUGAUCACUUCGACGAGGAGUUUGUCUGUUUCUUUUCAAGGGGAGGUCUUUUCGCUUCCGAUUAGUAAGACCAAGGAGCAGGCAGCUCCCGCUUUGAGCAGGAAACCUACCCCAGAAAGGCGUAGAGCCACUCCGGUGAGAGAUCAGGGAGAGAACUCGAAGCCAAUGGAUCAACAGCGGUGGCCUGCAAGAAGCCGUCAAGUGAAUUUGACUUCUAACCCGUUGUCUAGGAGUUUGGAUUGCAGUAAUGAGAGGAAGAAGCUUGGUGGGUUUGGAUCUGGUGUAAUGGGAAUGAAGUCACUGCAGCAAUCUAUGAUGUUUGAUGAUAGUAAUAGGAGGUUGUCUUUUGAUUGUGGUAGUAGGUUGAGCCUGGAUUUGGGCAAUGCAGAGUUGCUCAAGGAAACUAGGCAAAAUCCAGAUGCUAAUUCAGUAAAUGAGGCUUCUUCUGUCUCUUGUGAUCUCACCGCAUCUGAUACAGAUAGUGUGUCCUCAGGGAGCACCAAUUCAGGGGCACAAGAAUGCGGAGGUGGAGUUUCGAGAGGGAAGAGUGUGCCUCGUGGUAUUGUUGUGUCAGCGAGGUUCUGGCAAGAGACAAAUAGCCGGCUAAGACGGUUGCAGGAUCCAGGGUCACCACUGUCUACGAGCCCUGCGUCUAGAAUUGGUGCCCCAUCAAAGCUCAGUCAAUCAAAAAGGUUUUCUAGUGAUGGUGUGACGUCCUCUCCAAGGACAUCGGCUUCUCCCGUAAGGGGAGCUACAAGGCCUGCUUCGCCUAGUAAGCUUUGGACAUCUUCAGCUUCAUCACCAUUGAGGGGGCUAAGUCCUGCAAGGGUGAGAAGUGCUGUUGGUGGUCAAAUGAGUUGUAACUCUGCUAAUACACCUUCCAUUCUUAGCUUCUCUGUUGACAUUCGGAGAGGAAAGAUUGGGGAAGAUCGUAUUGUUGACGCACAUUUGUCGAGGCUUCUAUAUAACCGUUACUUGCAAUGGAGAUUUGUAAAUGCAAGGGCAGAUUCUACAUUCAUGGUGCAGAUACUCAAUGCAGAGAGUAAUCUUUGGAAUGCAUGGGUAACAAUUUCUGAACUGAGGCAUUCUGUCACCCUUAAAAGAAUCAAGUUGCUGUUGCUGAGGCAGAAGUUGAAACUUACUUCCAUCCUCAAGGGUCAAAUGCCUUGUUUGGAAGAAUGGGCUCUCCUAGACAGAGACCACUCCAGUUCUUUGCUAGGAGCAACUGAAGCUUUGAAGGCCAGCACCCUUCGUCUUCCAAUUGUUGGAAAUGCAACGGUGGAUAUCCAAAAACUGAAGGAUGCUAUUGGUUCAGCAGGAGAUGUAAUGCAAGCAAUGGCAUCCUCAAUAUGCUUGCUAUCAUCAAAGGUGGAGGGAAUGAAUGUCUUAGUAGCUGAACUCAUGAAUGUUACAGCAAAGGAGAAGGCUAUGCUUGAACGAUGUAGAGAUUUCUUGUCUACAAUAGCAGCCAUGCAGGUUAAGGACUGUAGCUUGAGAACACACAUAACACAACUAAAUCGGCUAUCAACUACCAGCAGCCUGACAACACGUGUGUAGAACUGAUCUCAUUUGACUACUUACCCAAAUUCUAACAUUACACGCCCCGACAUCAUGUUUUUCCAACGGGGGUGGAGGCAGCACUGGAGGUAAUAAGAACCGGUAGAUAGCUAGUUUGGGCAAUUGUCAUGGUAGCAUUUUUAGAACCUGGUGUUGUCUUCUACAUCAUCAUGCAUGUAAUUUUGUAAGUGCAGAUUAUUACAGGAAUUGGCUCAUCUUCCCUUCCCUGAUUGUCUGUAUACCACAACUUUUCUUUUUCUGAGGCAAAAGGAAGUAAUGUAUGUGUAUAUAAAGGUUCAUCUGAUCAACACCCAUAUGUAGUUCUUAGCAUAUUUCAUUUGUCGUCUAAAUAUGAUCAUCUGUUACUGCUAGUUUGGUUGUGACAAAUCCAAGUAAUGAGUACAUGAAAUGGAAAUUUGCUCCUUUUUCUUUUUCUUUUUCUUUUUUAAUAUAUCUUCGAUGCAACU